UGCGAUGCAGACGAUCGUCCGUAUGAUCACCAGCCAGCUACUGCUGACCUCGGUGCGCAUCUUUGCCGGUGCGUCACCGGAGUGCGCACUGCCGUGCUCCGCAGCGGCGUCGGGAUGCUACCACCCGUCGCUCAACAGUCGGCCCGGGAUGACCAUGCCGCCAGGGGAGCAGUGGCUACCGGAACCCAAAGCAUUGUGGACGGCCACGUCAUCAUCGACAUCAACAGCUUCGCCGUAUAUAAAAGCGCACCCGCCGCAGGCACCGCCCCGUGGGCUCUGUGACUGCACCUCAACGCAGCCAUCUAACCCGCUAAUCUUUGCGAUGCAGGUUAGUAAAUCCUACACGCUGUUUGCAAAAAAAUCUAGCAAUUACGUCUUGGUGCAGUUCCCGAGCCCACGAUGCUGUCUCGCCAUUGCCGCCGAAUGUGUUUCAGUUAUUCAUUCCUUGCUGAUGUUAUCAGGAGAUGUCGAAACUAACCCUGGCCCUAGCGGAAACGAUGCCGUGUUGACAGAACUUCAGAAAAUAGCCGCAGGCCAAUCCAAAGUAAUUACCGAAGUACAGAGCCUCAAAUCUCAGUUAAACACUACAGAUAGAACAAUAACGGAUUUAUGCAAACGAAUGACCGCCCUAGAGGCACACUACCAGGCCCUUAUUCCUCUCGGAAACGACAUCGAAAAGAUGCGGGCAGAUACAAGCAGCAUGUCUCGCAAGAUCGAGGAACUAGAAGACCGCCUAGACGACGCGGAAAACAGAUCACGUCGAAAUAACCUCAUCUUUUAUGGCAUCUCUGACCCUACUGACAGCGAAACAUGGAACGAUUCCGAAAAACUGAUCAUCGAUUUCUGCAGUAAUAAUCUAGGAAUACCCGUAGGACCUCAUGACUUCGAAAGAGCUCAUCGCCUCGGUCGUCAUUCGCUCGGUAGAAAUCGUCCCAUAAUCGUGAAAUUCGCAUGUUACAAAACAAAGGACUCGAUCCUAUCUAAUGGCCGGAAAUUAAGAAAUACUAACUUUAGCAUUGGCGAGGACUUUUCGCUCUCCGUUCGACACGCGCGGAAACAAUUAAUUGCGUUUGCCAAGGCUAAAUCUGCUAAGUUCUUCUUGCGGUAUAAAACCCUGCACAUCGGUCCGAAACGUUAUGUUUUUGAUAAGUUGUCUAGAACCGUUAAAGAAAUCGCAUAGCAAUCGCCCUGUCACCAUGUGCCUACAAACCGACAACACGCGGCACUUCCCAAACCCCUCUCAUUUUCCGUGAUAUUUACUAACAUCUGCAGUUUCCUUCCAAAGCGCGAACUCUUAUCGAACAUAGUUUCGUCAUCCGGGAGCAAUAUACUGGUACUAACUGAAACUUGGCUCAACGAUAACGUUUCAGACGCUGAAAUCCUGACUGAUUUACCUGAAUUCCGCGUGUAUCGUAGCGACCGAAAGUGUACUCGAGGGGGUGGUGUUCUGGUCGCAAUUCACCAAGGUAUAACAUGUUCUGUUGUACACGUCACAUCCGACAUUGAAUCAUUAUGGCUCAUUUGUCACGCUCCUCCCGUAACAGUGCUCCUUGGCGUUUGUUAUAGGCCACCGCAUACCAAUCCAGACUUCUGUAGGCACCUGAACAAUAGCCUAAGGCAACUUGUUGCCACUUACCCCAAUGCUCGUAUCCUUCUCUUCGGUGACUUCAAUUACCCGAGCAUUGAAUGGCAUAAUCUAGGCAUUUCUUCAUUAACAUGUCAUGCAGAGGCUAAAAACUUCAUUGACGUAUGUUUAAAUUUUAACCUGAGUCAGUUAGUCUCGGAACCAACACGCGUUACACAAGAAACAGCAAAUAUCCUAGACCUAAUACUAACAGUCCUGAGAACCUUUCAUCUAUCAGUUACCUCCCAGAAAUCAGCGACCAUAAAAUCAUACAUGCUCUAUUCUCAUUCAGUUCCGCUCCGAAAUACACAACCGCGAAAACAAUAUGCCUUUACGACAGGGGAAACUACGAUGCAAUAACUCAAGACCUUACCACCUUUUUUUCCGAGUACAAAUCCGUGUUUCGCACUCGCACAGUACAUGAAAACUGGUCAGUAUUGAAAACUAAAUUAAGUGUGCUCACUAACAUGUUCAUUCCGAGGGUUACCUUUCAUACUAAUCACAAUAAGCCAUGGUUUUCAGUACAUUUAAAACGGCUGGAAAAUAAAAAGAAACGGUUGUUCCGUUCGGCCAAACGCCGUGACACCCAGAGUGAUUGGGAUAAAUACUUCUAAGUUGAGAAAAUCAUAUCUAGUUGAGAUCCGGAACGCCAAGCAUUCAUUUUAUCACGAUGACUUACCAAAGCUACUAACCAGCAACCCCAGGAAAUUUUGGCAACU